AUUUUAUUAAAAAUAGUAAGACUGUCAAUUUUUGAAGAUUUCCUGGAACCUGCUCUUUUUCUCUCUAUAUAUAUACUUUUUAAUCUAGCUUGCUUCCAAAAUAUAAUUAGUGCACAACAUGUAGAAAAAGGCCCCCAGUAAGCUAGAAUAUUUUCCAGGGUAAAAUGUAUUUAUGAAAAACCAUGUUUAUGAACAAAAUGCCCAAGGAGAGGGAUAAUGGGGUAGGCCUGGACAUCUCUUUUCUCAUGAAGCCACCUGACCCAGAGGUGGGAAAUCUUUGACACCUCUCCCCACCCCACCAGCUGUUGGAUUGCAGUGUCCCUAAGACUAGCCAUCAAGGAAAUUUAUUGAAUAUGGAAUUGCAGUUGAGAUAUCUGAAGUACAUAUUUGUCAAAUGAGAUAUGAGAACUUGAAAUGAUUCACUGAACACUAGGUUUAAGAACAUGGUAGAAUGAAGGCAUUCUCCCCUAAUCUAGAUUACAAAGAAUGCACUUCUAUGAGAUAUAGAGAUACUCAUGUUUAUAUGAUUUUAUUUGUGUUUAGGAGAUGGGACAUGGAGAACUAGUGGGUGCUUGACAAUGUUGAGCUAUAAUUCUGUCCACCUCAGUCAAUGCAGUGUGUGGGUUGAUAGGAAUAGACUGCAGGAGGCUUUCUAGUUCCCAACUAUUGCAUCAGACAAAUUGGGGGAGAAAAAGACAUACCAGUGGCUGUUACUCAUAAUAGCUAGAUUCUUCAGUAGAACGGAAGCAUGAUUGCCAGAUACUGAAACCAAGCCAAGAGAAAAGAUAUGUCCAAGCCUUCUGUCAAGUCACUGAAAGUUGCAGGAUACUAGACCAGGCAGCUGAACUACAACUCUCAUCAUUCUCAUCAAGAAUGGGAUAUCUUCAAAGCAUCAGUCAACUUCAGAGCUAAAUGGAGAUUUUCUCUACUCAAACCCCAACAUCCACUGUUUUACAUCUCAGUUGACUUUGCCUUUCUUAACUCAUUAAUUAUUCUUCCCUUCCACCUCCACUCAUACUUUUAUUAUGUAUUUAUGCUUGCAGUCAACUCCAGAUUCAGGCAGUCCUGGGCAGCCAGCUCCUUUUCCUUCUGCCUCACGACCACCACCACCAAUUCUACCCCCUCCAUUUAUGCCUCCUCCUGGGAUCCCACCACCAUUUCCACCCAUGGGAAUGCCCCCAAUGGGACCACGGCCACCUCCUAUGCCGCCUAUGCCCCCCGGCAUGAUGCCACCUCCCCCUAUGAUUCAACCUAUGCCUGGACCACCACCCCUGGGUCAGAUGCCCACGAUGGUGCCACCAAUGCUGUCUGGGAUGAUCAUGCCGGGGGUGCCAGCUGGGCCUAUUCCUGUUUCUGGAGGAGCAGCUCCUGUUACUGACCCAUCCAACACCACAGUGACUCAAGCAGCAUCUGUGAUCCCCAUGCAACAAAAUGUAAUUCUUGGUGGCUCUCCAGUGUUGGAUACAGGGCGAAAGAAGCCAGCAUGGAGUGAGCAUAAAGCCCCUGAUGGGCGGAUCUAUUAUUAUAAUGCUGAAACCAAACAAUCAAGUUGGGAAAAGCCAGAUGAACUUAAGUCUAAGGCGGAGUUGUGAUCCCCUCCGGAGAGAUGAAGAAGAUCGUGGCAGUGGCAGUGCCUGGAGCAACAAAGAGGAAGCGAAACAAGCUUUUAAGGAGCUGCUCAAAGACAAGGGUGUUCCAGCUGGUGCAUCCUGGGAACAGACCAUGAAGAUUAUUAGCAGUGACCCCCGUUUCAGUGCUUUGCCCAAGCUGAGCGAGAAGAAGCAGGCAUUCAAUGCCUACAAGGCUCAACGGGACAAAGAAGAAAAGGAAGAGGCCCGGCUGCGGGCAAAGGAGGCAAAGGAAGAACUGCAGCGCUUCUUGGAAGAACACAGCAAAAUGAAUUCUACCACCCGCUACAGGAAAGCUGAGCAAAUGUUUGGUGAGCUGGAAGUGUGGGCCAUGGUGCCUGAAAGGGAUCGCAAGGAGAUCUAUGAUGACGUUCUUUUUUUUCUGGCCAAGAAAGAGAAGGAGCAUGCCAAGCAGCUGCGCAAAAGGAACAUUCAAGCUCUGAAGAGUAUCCUGGACAGCAUGAGCCGUGUCAGCUUCCAGACCACUUGGUCUGAGGCCCAGCAGUACCUAAUGGACAACCCCAGCUUUGCCGAAGACGAAGACUUGCAAAACAUGGACAAGGAGGAUGCCUUAAUCUGCUUUGAGGAACACAUCCGGACUUUGGAGAGGGAGGAGGAGGAGGAACGUGAACGGGGCCGAUUACGGGAAAGGCGUCAGCAACGGAAGAACAGGGAAGCCUUCCAGCAUGGGCUACUUCCUGCUGCUCUUCUAUUCACAGGCUCCACCCCGCUUGACCUCUUCAAAUUCUAUGUUGAAGAUCUGAAGGCCCGGUUCCAUGAUGAAAAAAAGAUCAUCAAGGAUAUUCUCAAGGACCGGAGCUUCAGUGUGGAAAUAAAUACAACCUUUGAGGACUUUGCUCAUGUCAUCAGUUUUGACAAGCGUGCUGCCACGCUGGAUGCUGGCAACAUAAAGUUAACUUUCAACAGCAAAUUGAAAAAAGGAAAAGAAAGGAAGGAAAGGGAGAAAGGAAAGGAAAGGAAAAACGGCUCAGAGUCCGGUUCAGAUCAUCCCCACCGAGCAGCCAAGCGCAAGAAACGAAACCACUCGGAAUCUGCCGGCUCAGGGGCCUCGUCUUCCCCUGACUCAGAUCAAUUGAUAGGUAGCAUCUGCAUCACCCCAUCCCCCAGUAUUCGGCCACCUUCCCAGGAUGUCUCUGAGAUUCUGGCCUGCUGCCAUGGAAUCACUGCUGGGAGUGGGCUGAGGUCAUCCCAAGGAAAGGCUGGGACAACCCCGUCUCCCUGUCUGCACACAACUUCCUGUCUUCCUGCAGAGCACAGCCCCAGGCGUGCCAAGAGGCAGAAGAAGAAGAGCAAGAAGAAACGGCAUAAGUCGAACAGCCCUGAAAGCGAAGCUGAGCACAAGGAGCCAAGCCGGGCGGAAGAGUGGGAGCGAGGGAAGGCACCUCUGCGACCUGAGGGGAGGGGCCACUCCCCUCCCCGGGGCACUCGGAGGGAGCGGAGUGGUUGGGACACCUCAGAGAGCGAGGAGCUGAGCGAAGGGGAGCUGGAACGUCGGCGUCGGACUCUGCUGCAGCAACUGGGUGACCAGUAAUUGACCCCCUGCCUCUUUUGAGGCACCCCUCUACACCAUUGUAUGAGAAGCAUUCAGUCCUUGUUCCUGUGGCAACUCUGCCUUGUUUUAGCCUUGGUGGCAUCCAAGCCAAGCGUAUGCACUGCUCUUGCUGGGCCCCGCACGUUGGGUCACAGUCUUCUUCAUUACGUUCACCUGCUUCUAAGAGGGGAGCAGCUGCUCCUGCCCGUUGGCAGCAGUCAUCUCCAGCGACACCACCAGUCUACAUCAAACAUCAGGACAGGGAGGAAGUUCAGGUGUCCCUUGUGGAUCUGGAGGGCAUCACCAAAAUUGAAACCCGGCUCUUGGACCAUCCAGCAGAGGAAUGGGGGAAUUACAUCUGAGCACCAGAAUGAAUGAUGUCUGUCUCCAGUCAAGACUUCAGCUGGGCCACACUAGCUCAGACCCUCCUUUGGCCGAGAUGCAAAAUGGCGGCAGGAAACAGCUAAGAUACAGCAUGAGUCUUGUCUAAUCUUGAGACAGGAAUAGGCCACAUGAUCUUCUGGAAGGUUAUCACUGUGACUGGAUCCUUUUCCCUGGUUGCAGUAUCCCCUCGUGAGUUAAAGAUUUAAUGGAAUUUUUCAAACAAUAUUUAUAAUAAAUCUGGAUUGAAAAUACCAA